GAGUGGGCAUUCUGAUUGUUAUUUAUUCUGUGCCUCCGGCUUUAUCUUAUAAGAUUCAUUUUCCUUUUGGCCAGUUCAUACAAUGUAAAAGAGACUAAUAUCGUUCUAAAACUAUUUUCUUGUGGUCUUUUUGCUCCAUAAGAAGUUUUCAACCAAUUUGAAUUUAUUACAAAAUAGAACACAUAAAAUUGUACAAGAGCUCAAAGUGACAGCUGUCACUGUCAGUGUAUAGAAUCUGACAAAAUAACAGUUCCAUGAUGAAGUGUUAACUCUAUCUCUAUUCUAGAAAGAAUUAGUCCUCACAUCUUUUGUAUUUGAGUUGAAGGAAAAGGGUGAUUUUUGUUAUCCAAAAAGCCCAGCUUUGUUAAUCAAUAGUAGGGAAUAAGAUUUCAACUAUCCAUAAUAUUCGAAACUAUUUAAAAUACACUUUAAAAAUUUUUAAGUUUGUGAGUAUUUUGUAAUGGCGACCCCAUCAACUGGUGUUGUUGUACCUCGAAACUUUCGACUACUUGAAGAACUAGAAGCCGGUCAAAAGGGUGUUUCAGAUGGUACUAUUAGCUGGGGCUUAGAAAAUGAUGAUGAUAUGACACUUACACAUUGGAUGGGGAUGAUAAUCGGCCCCCCUCGUACACCGUAUGAAAAUAGGAUGUAUUCUGUUAAAAUUGAAUGUGGCCAAAGGUAUCCUGAUGAUGCACCUACUGCAAAAUUUAUCUCUAGAAUCAAUAUAAACUGUAUAAACAGUAACACAGGGGUGGUUGAUAACAGACAAGUUCCAAUAUUGGCUAGGUGGCAAAGGGAUUACACUAUUAAAACGGUUUUGCAGGAAUUACGAAGAAUAAUGACACUUAAAGAAAACAUGAAGCUGACACAGCCUCCUGAAGGCACUUGCUUCUAGCCUUUGAAUCAGCAUAACACUCCCCCAGUAUCUUCUGUUACAACUUGUCCAUUGAGUGUCGAUACCUGCACCACGCAAUCAUGCCGUCUUCUGUAGCGGAUUCACCUUACUCACAAACUAUCUAUGGGGUGUCUUGAACUGGUUCUUGGAAGAUAACCUGUCUGGUAAUGAGGACAAACUGGUGUAUUUAGAUUAAGGUGUCUAAUAAUAAGAGUAUUUUUUAAUAUUACUGCUUGUACAACUUGUUUAACUCUAUCAGAGAAUGACUCAUGAUUGAACUUGUAUUUUUGAAGAAAACAGAAAGUAUUGUUGAUGCCAAAUGUAAUAGAGCAUCUCAUAUUUCAAUAAAAUUGAAUAAAGAGACGUUCGACACAAUAUUGUUACUGCAUAACCCAAAGUUUUAAGAAUUUUUCUUCUGGGUGUUCAUUUUUUUCGGAAAGUACUUGGCAUUUAUCGUGAUUCAUUCGAUGUACUAGAUUUUUGGGUUGAUUGACCACUUAUUUGUUUUUGUAUAUGAUACUGAACGGUAGUUGACAAUUUAUCGGAACUGUAUUUUUAAACUUUUACUAGUAUUCACUCACUUUGUGUACGUUUUUAUACCAAAGAUGAAGAUUAGACUAUAAGCCUAAAUUGUCAACUACUAUGGUAUAAGAAAAAUCAAUUAAUGCUUGAAUACAUAUUACGCUUUAUUAUGAAAAAUCAGCUUCGAAAAUCUAAAAUUCUAAAAGACAUUUAUUGAAUAACUACAAGGUUGUAUUGAUAUUUAGACAUUUUUUGAAUGUCGUGUGUGUUUAUAAGAAGUUAUCCUUUAUUUUGUAGUAGUUUUGGACACCCCUUAUAACAGUCAGAGAGUAGAUAUCUAUUUGUGUAUCACUGAUUACAUUGAAAACAUUUAUUUGAAAAAUAGCCACAAGAAUAGCUACAAGAUUAUGCUUAAAAAUGUUCUAAAUCAUUAUUUCUCUUGAAACACACAGAAAUUAAAGUAAAGGUAGAAUAUAAGAUUUUAAAAUUUGACAAUGUUAUCUCAAGACAUCAUUACACCCUCAAAAUAACUAAAAAUCAUUAUAUUGAACUGUAAAAUGUAUUUACCGUUAAUAAUCACUGAAGUGAUACUUAGAUUUCUUAUUAAUAAUUUCAUUAUAUAUGAUAAAAGAAUAAGUAGAGAUCUACGCUCUGAUGACCCAAGUUGUAACAAAGAUGGCUAAGGUGUACAGCUUUAUAAGCUAUGUAGUUAAGUUAACAUUUUAGCUAAAGUUAUUAGGUUGAGAUAAGUUUAUAUACAGUACCAGAGCAUAUAUUCCAUAUAUAGCAGCUUAUAGAAAGGUAGGAGGAACUGUUAAAAUCAUUGUUUGCCGUACCGGCAGUUUGCUAAUAUUUCAUUUUUAUGAUUCCUCUUUGAUGAUUGAGUCCUUGAAACCCUGAUUGUUUAAGUCGACAUAUUCACGCAGGUGGUCUAGAAUGGCCAAAUUUUAGUUAUUAUUAUAACAACAUUACAUACAAUUAUUGGAAGGUGGGGGGUAAUAUCGAUCGGCUAAGCAAAAACAGCCAAGAAAUUUACAUUUUACACAGACAGUUGAUAAUGAAAAAAUAAUCAUUUAAGAGUAAUUGAGUAAUAUUUGAAGACAUUUUUAAUAAACUUAGAACAAUCAACGCAUCAAUAUACUUAACAGGUUUUUCAAAUAUUGUAUUAAAAUAGACGUCGUUUUGAUACUUCUGCUUUUUUGAUAAUUUCUUUGGACCCAUUGCAUUAAAAACCUUCAGCUGACUCCCAACCACUACAAACUGCAUAUGCAUAUACUCCACAUCCAAUGCAGCGAUACCAAAGUUCCUCGUUUUUUCCAAAUUUAUCGCACAAGAUGCGUAUUCAUUGGCUAUAGGAAGAUUGUGACAUUGUUCGAUUUCAGAGAUUCGAAUCGAUACUGACAAAUAUAUCUGACAAAUUAUUCUUUUUAUGGAUGAUUCAGAAUCAUCUUCAUCUUCAAUACGCUUUUCUUUUCUUUAAUCUUAUUAUUCUUAGAAACAUUAACUUUUUGAGCCAUUAAAUACUUGGGUAAAAACCCUUUAAAUGUUGUUAAAAUUAAAUUUAAGUUAUAUUUUUUGAUUUUAUAUACUAGGAACGUAAGACUUCACUGGAAGUUGCUAGUGGAUAGCAUAUAUGAGGACUUGUGGAUAGCAACUCAACAAAUUAAUAUAUAUCUUUUAUAAAGGAAUUUUUAAAUACAUUUUUGUGAUACAUGGUAUACAGCCAGCUACAGGAACUAGUUUCCUUGUGGAUAUUAACUUUUCGUUUCAAUUUUUUUUUUUACUUUAAUAUCACCAUUCUGCUUUUUCCUUGCUUGCUUCUCAGUUUUCACAUCUCGCUUAGUUUUUCUGUCCAGGAGAAUAUCCUUCAUUGCUGUAGCAGUCCAAAUUUCUGAUUGUCGUUUCUUUGUUUUUGUAGUAGACUUUUCUAGUAGACCUGAAUAUAAAGGUAAAGGACCAGGUUUGGCUGCGGAUUUCGAUGUUAUCUGCUCCACAGAAGCUCUUGAUGUCGAUGAUGUCUAUUCCGCAGUACUCUUGAUGUUAAUGGUGUCUGUUUCGCAGUAGCUAUCGAUGUUGAUGGUGUUGAUUCAGAAAUGUUUAUCCUCGUUCAGUCUCUAAAACAAGUUCUCUAAACUUUUCAGUCGGUGCAAAGUCUUCCUCCGAGUACUUAGUAAGGUUAAAAGGAAAUACUCCGGUUAUUCUCAAACCUGAUAUUCUCUUUUCCAUGGUUGCUAUCUUUAUGUAUGCUUGAUUGAACAAGCGGGCCAGAUCGUACACCUUAAUCUUCUUAUGUGCAGUCGAAAUCAUAUUAAGGGGCCCCAAAAAUCCAGACCAAUGCCAGUAAAACUGGAUCGACCUCAGUUAAUUUUACGUAGUUCUGGAAAUCCUUAAGACAUUUCAAGAACAACAAAUCGUUUGACCAUGCGUUGUCAUAUAUACAUCCUAUUAGACCAUCUCUCUAAAUUUGGGGAUAACCGUUUCCUAGAAUAAAUGAUAGAGACGUAGAAACCACAAGCACUAACUGCACAAGAUGAUAGUUGUCUGUCCACGUUCGAUUGAAGUGGUAACUCACACUUGAUUUUGUCCUCUUUUGGCAUCCCUGAUUUUUCUACAUUGUAGACCCUAAAUUUAACUGUCGACGCUAAAUUUAAACUUGUUCAAAACGUCUUCAAGAUUUUUGAGAUUCAAAAAGUUCCAAUAUCUUCAGCAUUGAAGGAUGAUAUACUGUUUAUGUUAGUGCCUUAUGGCUGACGAAGAUUUUGGUUGGGGAUUCCGUUUUAAAAAUCAUCGUAGAUAGUCUUUGCCUUUUCGUUUCUAUUCUUCUCAACGGUAAAUCAAAAGCUAUUCUUCUCAACUCCCAAGGCGUAUCUCCAUAAAACACAUUUCCCAAUUUACUAUGUUAUCUGUUAACUCCGCUUCUUGUACUUUGGUAAAUACUGGUUUCAUUCCCAUGCAGUCAGUUUUAGCCGGAGCUUGAUUUUCAAAACCUCUUGCCUUUAAAUGAUCACGUAUUGUUGACUCCGGAAUAUUCAAAUUUCUAGCGACUGGGCGGUUUUGGCACCUGUAUUAAUUGCAGCUAUAUCGUUAUUAAGCUGCUCAAUUGACCAGAAUUGUCGUUGGGUCUUUUGUUUAUAAUUCACCAUCUGAAAUAAAAAGAAAAGUUAUUAAUAGAUGCAAAUAUCUUUUCUCUUCUUUUUUAAAAUGUUUUUUCCUGGAAUUUGGUAGAAAUAAAACAACAAUAGUUAUUCGAGGAUCAUCUUUAGCCCUUAAUACCAUACAAUGUUUAAUUUUUUUUACCAAAACCCAGAAAAAUGAUUAAAGAAAAGAUAUUAAAAUAAGUGGUCGGCCUCUACCGACCUUGAUUUCGUUUUCUAACCGCUUCAAUAAUUAAAAAUCAAAUAUGGACUAAUAACACACAAGAAUUGAAGACAUUUUCUGUAUUUAUAAUCUUAUGUCUCUUUUAAAAUUACUAUUUACCUUUCUUAUUUUAGAAGAACACAAAAUUAUAAGAAUAACUAUUUACUUCAAGCUACCACGUGCAACUAAGUCUAUUUAGCGGGCAUCAGACCGUGUUUACACAGUUGCCAGCUUUCCCUAACACCGUACACUUGAUUACAUUUCUUAUUGUGCGAUCCAUUGUACAUAUUUGUGGCCUGCGCGAUAUUACCCACCGCGCGAUAUUACCUCUCCUUCCCCUAUUAUAUUUGUUAUUGCAUUUUUUCCAAUAUUAUUUGAAGAGAACGUGACUAGAAAUAUAUUAUUGUAUGACUACUUUCAAAGCUAUAACUUUGUUUGCAGUUUGAUUCCUGUAAGUUUUUUCUCAAAUGUAUACAUUUUGAACAAUUUUUUUAAGACUCGAUUUGUUUUUAACACCAAAGACAAACAAACGGUUAUUUUAUCAGUUGUUCCUAACAAAGCUUACAGCAAUAUUGUUUUGAACACUUUACUUUUUCAUUAAUAUCGAAACGCAUUUUUCGGUUAUUUUGGUACGCUGUAUGUUUGAAGCUUUAAAAUAAAAUAUAAUGACGUAGCGUUUAUAAGCUGUACCAUUUGUGUAAUUUUAUUUGAAUUACAUUUUUACUAUAUAGAAUGUUUUGCUGUUAUCUGUGCAGGAUUUAAUAAGUCUACGUUUGUUGAACAAUUUUGUUCGUUUAAAUUACACACUUUUAUUUCAAAUAGGCAUUAAUGGUAUUUCGAAAGACAAUGAAUGAAAACCUUGGUGAUAUUAUCGAGGUGUACACAUUUUUGAUGAUAGUGUGUAAUAUAAACAUUUUGUAAUUAUUGAAUUUGGAUUUUGGUUCAGUCACGAUAAGUUCGAAGAUUUAUUUUAUCUUACCAAAAACUAACUUUACAAUAUUCAGUUUUAUUCCUGCUAGGAAAAAAACGAAUUUUUACGACCUUUUUUUUGUAAAUGUAAAUCCAUGGAAACUUAAAUUUUCAGUAAAGU